AAAUAAGUGAAAUAUAAAUAGAUUUUUAUUUUUUUUAUUUAUAUUAAUAAAGUAAAUAAAUGUCGGUUUUACCAAAUGAUACAAUUAAAAUUAUAGCAGAAAGUGCAGGUAUUUCGAAUUUACCAGAUGAAAUAGCAUCACAAUUAGCAUCAGAUGUUGAAUAUAGAAUUAGAGAAAUUGCACAAGAAGCAAUUAAAUUUAUGAAGCAUUCAAAGAGGGAUCAUUUGUCAUGUGAUGAUAUAAACAAUGCAUUAGGAUUAAAAAAUGUUGAAGUACUUUAUGGAUAUAAUAGUUGUGUUAGUGACAACUCUUUAUUAAAAUUUCAAAAAACAACAACUUCAACACAGGCAAUCUAUUAUUUAAAUGAUAAAGAGUUGACAUUUCAAGAGGUAAUGAAUCAGCCAUUACCAAAGGUACCACGUGAACCAACAUUAUCAGCACAUUGGUUAGCUUUAGAAGGCGUUCAACCAUUAAUCCCUCAAAAUCCAUCACCUUACGAAAUUGAAGAACAUUUUAAAAAUUUAAAUAAAAAAUUCAAAAGCGAAAAGGCAAAUCAGCUUGCUGCUUCAUCUUCAAAUACUGCAAAUGGUACCAACGUUCCACCUUCAACAAACAAUAUUCUAUCAAAACCAAAUAUAGCAACACAACAACAAAAGCAAGAACCAUCUAUACCCGGUAUUCAUACCCUGCCAAGUGUUACAACCACUGUCGUUAAACCAACCGUCAAACACAUACUUUCAAAAGAAAUUCAAAUGUUUUAUGAAAAAAUUACAAACUCUAUUAAAGGCGAUAAUCAAAAACUAUUCAAUGCUGCAAUUCAUAGUCUUAAAAAUGAUUCUAGUCUUCAUCAAUUAUUACCAUACUUUAUAAAUUUUAUCUCUGUUCAAGUUACUCAAAAUUUAACAAACUUAAACCUAUUAAUGAAAUUAAUGAAAAUGUCCCAAGCAAUUUUAGAAAGUAAACAUUUAAAACCCGAACUAUAUUUACAUCAAUUAAUGCCACCAAUUUUAACUUGUUUAGUUGGUAAAAAGUUAUGCACAUCACCCAUGGAUAAUCAUUGGGAACUUAGAGAUUUCUCAGCACAGUUAGUAACAUUUAUUUGUAGAAAAUUUGGAGAUUCAUAUAGCUCAUUACAAUCAAGAAUCACAAAAACACUUGUACAAACAUUACACGAUACAACAAAACCACUAACAACUCAUUAUGGUGCAGUAGUAGGUCUUUCAGGUUUAGGCAAAAACGUUAUUCAAUUUUUAUUAUUACCAUAUAUUUCAACAUACUAUAAAUUAUUAGAACCAGAAUUAAACAACAACUCAAAUCCACUAAAAUCAAUGGAGGCAAACAAGGUGUUAAACGCAAUUAUUGAAGCAACUGGAAAAUUUUUAUCUUGGGUUUCAGAAGGUGAAAAUAUAUUAUCAGUUUUAGAUUUAAAAGAUGGCAAAACUUUACAAUCUGGCGAAAAACCAACUUCAAUACCAAUCUUUACAGAAUUCUCCAGAGAAAAUAUUUUAAAAACUCUCAAAAUUCAAUAUCAAUCACUUUUCGACUUAUUUGGUGAAAAACUUUUAGCAUAUAUUAAAAAACCAAAUGAUUCAGAUACAAUGAUUUUAAUUCCAUAAAAAUAAAAAAAUAAAUAAAUAAGUUAUUAUAUUAUUAAUUU